AUGAACAAAUUAACUAAUUCCUUAAAGGCCUUAAAGCCCAAGUCAACCCCAAAACUUUUCGUUAUUGACUGGGAUGAAACCAUAACCAAUGAGGAUACUAUCAAGCUCGUAGCUCAAGCAGCGUACAACAAAAAGCUAGAAUACGAACCAAAGUUCGACCAUUUCACGGACAUCUAUUUGAAAGCUUUCAAUGAGUAUAAUCAAGACUUCACUAGCAAAUAUGGAGAAAGAGAUACCAUUGAAAAGGAAAUCAAAUUUCAGACCGGGAUGCAAAAUGUGGAAAUGAAAUCAAUUAAUGAAAUUAAGAGAUUGAGGUUAUUCGAAGGGAUUGCAGAAGACGAAUUCCAAGCCCAGGCAAACCAUGUUACACUCAAGCCUCAUUUCACUGAUUUUUUGGGCAAGUGCCAGGAAUUGAAAAUCCCGGUGAUUAUAUUGAGUGUCAAUUGGACUAAAUUAAUCAUGGAAGCAGUCCUCCAAAAAAUCGGGUUCAAAGAAAAUGAAAAUCUAAAAAUCAUGGUUAAUGAAUUAGAGUUUGUCAAUGGAAUCUCUACUGGUAACUUUAACGAAUCGAUAUCGAUCAGAACAGGUCUUGACAAGUUGAAUAUCGUUAAUAGUUUAAUCAAGCAAUACGGCAAAACGUGCUAUAUAGGUGAUAGUAUGACUGAUUUACUAUCUUUGAUUGAUAGUGACAUCGGUAUUGCCAUUGAAGAAGGGUCAGUUAUUGAAUCGGUCAAAAAGUUAAACUUCCCAAUCAAAAAUCUAAGUGAAGCUGAAGAAUUACAUAAGGAAGAAGUAUACGUUGGCAAUUGGUCGCAAGUUAUAAACCUAUUGAAUAAGCAUUAA